AUGUUGUCCAUGCAGAACUCCCCAUAUAACCUACACCCUUGGAACGCAGGGCUACAGGCUGAAAGUUGCUCCGGAAGCCGCUCGGACAUCCCCACCUCCCGGAUCGACACACUCCGAGAAAGUAUCUCCAGUGCCAGCACCAGUGGCAGUCCCGAUGAUACCUCAACCGACUCGCCAGACUGGAAUGGGAAUGGGGGACAAUCGCCACCAGACUCGGAUAUACUGAACAGAUUGCAUUCUGAUGUAUUAUCGAGUCGAAUGAGCGACGACAUUCCACCAAAGGUGGAGGAGGUGGAUGACGAUGAUAUCCACACUGUGAAACCGUCCGAAGUGGAUGAAAGCUCGGGUGCACCCGCGACCGUUCCACGGAAACGUGGGCGUCCACGCAAACAUCCGCUUCCUACCCCCGGCGGUCAGGCCAAAGUGACCAAGGGUCGGUCCAAGACCGGUUGUAUAACCUGUCGACGCCGGAAGAAGAAAUGCGACGAAACCAAGCCUGCAAAAAUGCCGUCGUAUGUGAAGGAUAUCCCCCGAAGGAGAUUUGGAAAAGUGGAAGGCAAAGAGUUGCGGAUGGUCCGUAUUGAGAUCUGGACUUGCGCAGGCGCAAAAAAUCUUGAAGCUCGGACUGACCAGACCCGUCAUUUAGCUGUCAGAACCCAGUCCCUUGUCACCGUGCCUCGGAACCUUCCCUUCCUCAUCGAUGGCAUCGAAACUGAAAUCGACCGUCGCUUCCUCGAUCACUUUGUGUAUGGGUUUAGUCGGGUCUUGACCCUCAUCAACGAUGACUCGAAUCCGUUCAAGGAGAUUUUGCUUCCCAUGGCAACUCAACACCGGGGGUUGAUGCAUUCGCUUAUGUGCCUGUCGGGAUCGCACCUGUCGGGGCUGGACCCAGAGCCGAAGCUGAGAGAGCGCAAGUACUAUCAUUUCCAUCGUGCGAUCCAGGAUCUGAAGGAGAACAUCACCGCCUCGUCGGCCGCUACGCCUCAGUCGGAAGAGGACCAGCAACUAUUGGUGGAAGACCCCAUCAUAGCAUCUACCAUCGCAUUGAGUUUGAAUACAAUUUGUGAAGGUGAAACCAGUGGUGAAUACCGACCGCACAUGGAUGCUGCCCGGUACCUCCUUGUAUCGCAACAGCCACGCAACGAAAAGUUCCGACAGUUUAUCGUGGAAUUCUUCCAGUACCACGACAUUUCAAACGCCCUUACCUCCCUGGACCGGCGGCCUGCUCUUCUCCAAGGUGAUAAGCGAAUGCCGGAUUUCGUGCCGGGCGCUUCGGCAGGUAUGUUCUUGGGGGUGUUCGAUGGACUUUUCAACUACAUUUCCCAGGUCACCCAGCUCCGAGACCGGAUUCGACAGCGAUUCAACGAAGGAUACGAGCCUGCAGUGGACUACCAGACUCUCAGCGAAGCUGUCCAAGUCGAUACCGCCAUCCGGAACUGGAAGACAUCCCACGAAGAAGACUCCUCUAACUGGUGCUUGGCCCAACUCUACCGGCAGUCAACUUGGGUAUACCUCUUCCGCACUAUCCGACCUUCGCGCCCUAGCGACAAGAUCGCCCAGGUGGUUGAUGACGGCCUUGCUUACCUAGACCGCCUGCCUCAAGAUGCAGGUGCCUACAGUAUCGUCCUCAUGCCCCUGUUCCUACUGGGCUGCUCGGCCUUCCUCACCGAGCAACGAGAACGGAUCAAAAAGGGCUUUGAGUCCCUCAAGGCCUACUCUAAUCUCCGCAACAUCGAACCGGCCUUCAAGGUUGUUUCGCGCGUAUGGGAGAUAAUGGAUACCAAGAUGGAAGACAGCUGGGACUGGGAGAGGAUCAUCAGCGACAUGAAUAUGGAUUUCCUCAUCACCUGA